UAAAAAUAUUAAUUCGCGCAAUAUACUCGUGCUUCUUAUUUUUAUUGAGAAUUGAGAUCCAACUUAAUUUUCCUCUAUGUAUAUAUAUUAUCAACAUUUAUAGUGAUAAAAAAAGACAAGGUUCAAACAUAAUUAAAUAUGUCCAAGAGCAUUCGGUCGUAUUUUACUGUAAUAAAAAAACAAACAACAAAAAUCGCUGAUGAUGAUAGUGAUAUAAUACCAGAGUCUCCUGAGAUUCAGGUAAAGAAGAAAAAACAAACAAAGAAAAGGCGGAUAGAAGAUUCAGAUGAAGAAAUAUUUUCUCCAAAAAACAAAAAGGUAGACACCAAACAGAAAUCAGCACAAAAAAGUCCAAAACUCAAAGAAGUUACAAUAACUGACUUAUUUGGAAGUGAUAAGAUAAAAAAAACUGAGUCUUUAGUUGUUCAAAAUAAAAGGGAAAAGCAAACUGAAAUUGGUAUACAUUCUGAUGACGAAUUUGAGCAAAGUCUAUUAGAAUUAGAUACAUUUGACAAUAUAUCACCAGAGCAAGUCAAAUCUAAUAAAAAAUACCAGGAAAAAGAUAGUGUAGAAAAUAAAGCAAAAAACAAUAAAAAUGUGCCAAAAGUUAAAAUUAGCCCACCAAAACUUCAUUCAACUGAAGAUGAUACAUCAAAAUCAAGUAAGAAACACAAGAAGCAUCAUCAAACUGAAUCUGAAUUGAAAGAACAAAAUGAUAAAAUAAGAGACAAUGACCAGAGUAAGAAUUCAAAAAAGCAACACAAGAAUGAUAAAAUAAUAGAAAUUGAAGAUGAUUCCAAAGAUGAUGAAAAAGUAAUUGGCCAUAAAUUUAACAAUAGUUCUGUUGAAGAAAAACCUCUUGCUAUAAAUAAAUCAAAGAUAAGAAAGAGAGAUUUGAGUGAAUUUUUAGAGGAUGAUGAUGAUCUUGAUAAGAGCUUUAAAAAGAAAAAAAAUGACGAGAGCCUUAAUGAGUCUGCACUUAGUGACCAAGAAAGACAUGAACGAAAAAGGCUAUCAGCAUCUCUAUAUCAAAAAUAUCUAAAUAGAACUGGACCCAAAAACUUGGGUGCAAAGGAAAUUCCAGAAGGAGCACCAGACUGCUUGAAGGAUUGUGCAUUUUUAUUGACUGGAGUUUUAGAUUCCUUUGAGCGAGAAGAAAUCAUAGAAGCCAUCACAAAGUAUGGUGGUUCAGUCAAAUCUGGUAUCAGCAAGAAGGUAACGCAUGUUCUAGCUGGUGAAGACGCGGGCCCAGCAAAAACUGCUAAAGCAGAGUCUUUAGGCAUCAAAAUCAUUAAUGAAGACCAAUUUCUCAAUAUGAUCACUGAGUUCUCAAAGAAAAACAAUAAUCAAAGAUCAAACGCUAAUGAUAAACCAAACAUAAAAAACGAAAAAAGUGAUAAGAAGAAAUCUCCAAAAGAUGAAAAAUCUAAAAGACAUCAUGAAAAGACGACUGAAGAUAAAUCAAAGGAAUCAUUGAAUGCUAAAGUAAAAAAGGAAAGAUCGGUUUCUCCAAAAGCAACCAUAACUUUAAAGAAUGACAAAUCAGUGUCUGUUAAAAACCCUAUUAAAAAAGAGAGAUCUGUCUCCCCUCAAGCAAAAAUUAAGAAAGAAAUAUUGGACUCACCGAAAAAUGACUUUUCUGGAAAAAUAAAAAAGAAGAAAAGUGAAGAAGAGGUAGAGCAGGUUGACAACGUUGACAAUUCAUCAAAAGAUACAUCUCUAAUGUGGGUUGACAAAUACAAGCCGCAGAGUAUAAAGCAAAUUAUUGGACAACACGGUGAAGCAAGUAAUGUUAAAAAAUUAAUCAACUGGUUAACUAAAUGGUAUGUGAACAGAAAAGCUAAGUUGCCUAAACCAAAUCCGUGGGCCAAGAAUGAUGACGGUGGAUAUUAUAAAGCCGCCCUUUUAUCAGGACCUCCCGGCGUUGGUAAAACAACGACGGUGGGACUAGUGUGCAAGGAAUUAGGUUUUGAUACGGUAGAAUUUAACGCAUCCGACACUCGCAGCAAGAAUCUGAUAAAGGAACAAAUCUCAGAACUAAUAUCUACUAAAUCUCUGUCUGGAUAUGCUAAAGGGGUGACUGGUAAACAAGCGGUAACAAAGAAACAUGUUCUAGUUAUGGACGAAGUGGACGGAAUGGCAGGCAAUGAGGAUAGAGGUGGACUCCAAGAAUUGAUUUCCUUAAUAAAGUCAAGUUCAGUGCCCGUAAUUUGCAUGUGUAAUGACAGGAACAGUGAAAAAAUGCGGUCUUUGGUAAAUUACUGCUAUGACCUUCGAUUCAACCGUCCGCGGGUUGACCAGAUUAAGGCAGCAAUGCUGACGAUAUGCUACAAAGAAGGUGUUAAAGUCCCAGGGGAUGUUCUAUCUCAGCUGAUAAGUGCAGCGGGACAGGAUAUCCGGCAGACCCUGCACUUACUGUCAGUGUGGACGGCUGACCCCACUCUCACAGAACAUGAUAAACUCCAGAAGGAGGCUCAGAGAGUCAAAAAAGAUAUCAAAAUGGGCCCAUGGGAUGCGAUUCGUAAAGUUUUUUCAGCAGAGGAACACAAGACCAUGAGUAUUAUCGAUCGAAGCGAUCUGUUCUUUACAGACUACAGCCUCGCACCACUAUUUGUCCACGAAAACUACCCACAAGUUGUGCCCCAUUGCCCCAAGCACGAAGUAUUGGAUCGGAUGAGCAAAGCAGUUGACAGUCUUAGUCUUGGUGACUUAGUUGACUCUAGGAUUAGAUCUAAUCAAGCUUGGAGUCUUCUUCCACUGCAGGCUAUGUAUAGUUCAGUUAUUCCCGGACAACAACUAUCAGGACAUGUAGGUGGACAGAUACAGUUCCCGAGCUGGCUUGGGAAAAAUUCACGAGCAAACAAAAUGUCCCGCCUGGCGCAGACCAUUCACGCCCAUACAAGACUCAGUACAUCAGGAUCAAAAUCAUCUAUAUUUCUUGACUAUUCAUCACAUCUUCGCGACGCCAUACUUAACCCACUGAUUAAGGACAAAAAUGAGGGUAUUACAAAAUCUCUUCAAGUGCUUGAAGAAUACCACCUACUACGGGAUGACCUGGAGUCACUUACUGAACUGUCACUGUGGCCAGGGCAACGAAACCCCAGCAUUCUUAUAGAUGCAAAAGUGAAAGCUGCAAUGACACGGACAUACAAUAAGCAAGCAAGUGCAUUGCCAUAUGCACCUGGUGCUAUAAAGAAGGCAAAACAUCUUGAUAGUGAUGAAAAUGGUUUGGAAAUAGAUCCUGAAGAUGAUCUAGAAAAUGAUAGUGAUCCUGAAAAUGAUUUACUUAUUAAGAAAAAGAAAAUGAAAGAUAUUGAGAAAGCUUCCAGUGGCAAAGAGAAACCACAAUCAAGUAAAGGCAGAGGAAAGAAAGCAAAAUGAUCAUGUUAAAAAUACAAUGUUUCGAUGAUUAAAUAAUAAGCAUGGCAAUCUUA